UCUGAUUUUUGAAAGACGAAGAAAUAAAUCACUAAAUAGACAAAACAUAUGCCGUCUUCUCUGAUUGUAUAACAUUCCUCCCCCUCGAUCGACAGAGAGAAUUGCAAAGAUCGAAAGAUGCGACGGCGACCAGGAAUCGGAGGUCUUCAAAAGGCGGCAGCUGCUCGGGAUCAGUAUCGGUUAUUAGGAGAAAAUGUGGCAAAGUUACGGACUGAUAUGAUGAAAGAGCAGCUCGCCACUUUCAAGUCCCAGCUUGAAGAGUUCGCUCGCAAACACAAGAAUGACAUUCGUAAAAAUCCAGCCUUUAGAGCUCAGUUCCAUGAAAUGUGUGCUAAAGUUGGUGUGGAUCCACUUGCUUCCAACAAGGGCUUCUGGGCUGAGCUCCUGGGUAUUGGUGACUUCUACUAUGAACUUGGAGUUCAGAUUAUUGAAGUUUGCAUGCAAACAAGGUCACUCAAUGGAGGUUUGAUAAGCUUGCAAGAGCUCUGCAGCCAUCUUCGCCAGAGAAGGAAGAAAGACCGUGAAGCUGUCACCGAAGAUGAUUGUCUUCGUGCUAUCAGCAAGAUCAAGGUAUUGGGUAGCGGAUUUGAGGUUAUCACAAUUGGCAAGAAAAAGCUUGUCCGUUCAGUCCCCACUGAGCUCAACAAAGACCAUAACCAAAUCUUGGAGCUCGCUCAGGGUCAAGGCUUUGUGACUGUGGAAGAGGUACAAAGACGUCUCUCGUGGACAUCUGGUCGGGUCAUAGAUGCUCUCGAAACUCUGUUGGAGGAGGGACUCGCAAUGAUCGACAAUGGUAGCAAAGACGGAAAAUGUCAGUACUGGUUCCCCUGUGUCUCUUCUGUUUACUCAUUCGUUGGAUCUGAUACUUAAAACUGGUGCAUUCUCUCUUUUGUAUUUUUUGUUUCAUACUCCAUACACUCACUCUGUAUUGCAUAUAAAUCACGAAAAUAUUUUAUUCAGUAUGUUCCUUCAAAAA